AUGCGAAGAAAUUUUGAAGAUAUAUCAUUUUUAACCAUAUUACCACAAUAUAUAAACAUAAGCAAAUUGUCUAUGACAAAUAAAACUAUCAACUGUACAAAUAUAUCAUUGUCUAUGACAAAUAAAACGAUCAAGUGUACAAAUAUAUCAUUGUCUAUAACAAAUAAAACUAUCAAGUCUAAGAAUAUAUCAUUGUCUAUAACAAAUAAAACUAUCAAGUCUAAGAAUAUAUCAUUGUCUAUAACAAAUAAAACUAUCAAGUCUAAGAAUAUAUCAUUGUCUAUAACAAAUAAAACUAUCAAGUCUAAGAAUAUAUCGCUUUUUACCAUGUUACCACAAUAUAUAAAUAUAAACAAAUUUUCUUUGACAAAUAGAACUAUCAAUUCUACGAAUAUAUCAUGUGUAAUUAUACUUAAAGACAGACGAGGACGACUUGGUAAUCGAAUGUUUAUGUACGCGAGCGCUUACGGCCUAGCACAAACUCAUAAUUGUAGACUGCUUAUUACGAGGAUGAUAUUAAAUGAAUUAGGUCAAAUAUUUCUUUUAUAUCCCACACGUUUAGUUACAUAUGAAGAAUAUCAACAAGUAACCAAUAUCAAACGUCGAAUGAAUGGUUGUGCGUAUCAAUCUCGGACAAUAACAUCAAACGUAACAAAUUUAGAAAUAAUUGGAAACUGGCAAAGCUAUCAAUAUUUUCUCACUUCUAUUAACGAAAUCAGACAACAGUUUACAUUCAAAAACAGAGUCAUGUUUAAAGCCGUUAAAUUUCUACAUAAUAUUUGUCCAAGAAAAGAUAAACGAAAGUGUUUUUCAAUCAAAAAUAAAAGACCAUACAAGUUUCUUUCAGCUAAAACAAUGCUUAUUGGCGUGCAUAUACGACGAGGAGAUUUUCUUGACCAAAAUUGGUCUGAACUUGGAUUUACCGUUUCCUCCGUUGAUUAUAUUAAUAGAACUAUGGCUUACUAUUCUAACAAGUAUAGCAACGCAAUGUUUAUCUUUGUUAGCAAUGACAAAGCAUGGUGUAAUCGUACAUUUGGAAAUAGAAGUGAUAUUAUAAUAACACCUAAUACAUUCACGGCAGCUGAAGAUUUAGCUAUUCUCACAUUAUGUAAUCAUAGUAUAAUUACGACUGGUACAUUCGGUUGGUGGUCAGGGUUUUUAACAGCAGGAGAAGUUAUUUGCGAUAGAACAUACCCGAAAAACAAUACAUGGCUAUCUAACUUUUGCCCUGCUAAAUAUUACUAUCCACCAUGGUUUAACGAUAUACGAGAUAAUAUUACUACAACAUGA